UCGCCAUGUGACGAGGAGCGAUGGGCGCGGGGGGUGCCGGGAAGGUUUCUGAGGUACUAGCGGGCGAAGAGGAGGGCGGUUACUCUGUUGGAGUCCGAACUACGCGCUUAGGCGGAGGCAAGAGGGUAGCCGAGCUAGGUACAAAGAAUUUUACGUGAAAGAUUUUGUCACCAGUGCCCUAAUGGAAAACUGUUUGGGGUUCAACUUCAGUACAAGUCUUCCUGCCUGGAGCCUUUCCUGCUUUGUCAGAACACUGCAAGGAGUUUCUGCUAGAACCUGCACACCCCUAGCAGUCUAGUUCCUGACUAUUCUCCCCUUCAUUGCAGCCUCCUGCUGUUCUUUAUAGGGCAGUCACCCUGAUCUCGCCUAGAUGUGGCUUAUUCUGUAAUCAGGGUGGCUAGCUCCAGCCUUAAGGGACAUCUACUGGAGCUGCUGAAACGAACCAUUAUCCAUGGAGAAAGUAACUCUGCACUCAUCAUUGGACCCCGGGGAUCAGGAAAGACUAUGGGUAUUUUAUAGGAUCCCGACCUAUGUAAUUCAGGCUCAACGUACUAUACCCAAUCUUAUUUCCAUACCCUAAGAAAUUUAUGGGUACCCUUCUCCUAUAGGUUAGUGGAUUAUGACACUUACUUUCUAAAUAUAUUAAUAAGGAUUAUCUCAUUCCAAAACUGCCAGCCUAGGCUCUCUUGAUGACCUCCAAGUUGUGGUGUACCCUGCAGUUACCAACCGGUUGAAGAAGUCAGAUAAACAUGUGAUGCGAUGUGGAUAGUUCCUCCCUUUGGUUCCCCGAAGUUCAGGGACCAUUCUUAUCUGUGCCAAAGGUUGCCAGCUUUUAUGCUGACAUAACUGAUCAUAGUUUUUGCUAUAUUGCAGAUCUUACAAGCCUGUAGGCUUCUUGCAUUUUAACAAAACUUCUCAUUAGGAAAUACAUGCCUCAACAUAUCCUAAAUUCCAAGGAAUUAAUACUAAUAAAAUAUAAGAAUUAAAUGGAUUAAUUUCAGAAAAGAAAUAUAUUAAUUGAUACUGGAUUGUCUGGCUAUGUAGACUCCCUCCUCAGGCCCUACGCUACCAGCACUCCCAGCUACCUUCGAGACACCACUGACUUCCUGAGGAAACUUCAAUCCAUCGGUGAUCUUCCUGAAAACACCAUCCUGGCCACUAUGGAUGUAGAAGCCCUCUACACCAACAUACCACACAAAGAUGGACUACAAGCCGUCAAGAACACUAUCCCCGAUAAUGUCACGGCUAACCUGGUGGCUGAACUUUGUGACUUUGUCCUUACCCAUAACUAUUUCACAUUUGGGGACAAUGUAUACCUUCAGAUCAGCGGCACUGCUAUGGGUACCCGCAUGGCCCCACAGUAUGCCAACAUUUUUAUGGCUGAUUUAGAACAACGCUUCCUCAGCUCUCGUCCCCUAAAGCCCCUACUCUACUUGCGCUAUAUUGAUGACAUCUUCAUCAUCUGGACCCAUGGAAAAGAAGCCCUUGAGGAAUUCCACCAUGAUUUCAACAAUUUCCAUCCCACCACCAACCUCAGCCUGGUCCAGUCCACACAAGAGAUCCACUUCCUGGACACAACGGUGCUAAUAAACGAUGGUCACAUAAACACCACCCUAUACCGGAAACCUACUGACCGCUAUUCCUACCUGCAUGCCUCCAGCUUUCACCCUGACCACACCACACGAUCCAUCGUCUACAGCCAAGCUCUGCGAUACAACCGCAUUUGCUCCAACCCCUCAGACAGAGACAAACACCUACAAGAUCUCUGUCAAGCUUUCUUACAACUACAAUACCCACCUGCAGAAGUAAAGAAACAGAUUGAUAGAGCCAGAAGAGUUCCCAGAAGUUACCUACUACAGGACAGGCCUAACAAAGAAAAUAACAGAACGCCACUAGCGGUCACCUUCAGCCCCCAACUAAAACCCCUCCAACGCAUUAUUAAGGAUCUACAACCUAUCCUAAAGGACGACCCAACACUCUCACAAGUCUUGGGAGACAGGCCAGUCCUUGCCUACAGACAGCCCCGCAACCUGAAGCAAAUACUCACCAACAACCACAUACCACACAACAGAACCACUAACCCAGGAACUUAUCCUUGCAACAAAGCCCGUUGCCAAUUGUGCCCACAUAUCUAUUCAGGGGACACCAUCACAGGGCCUAAUAACAUCAGCCACACUAUCAGAGGCUCGUUCACCUGCACAUCCACCAAUGUGAUAUAUGCCAUCAUGUGCCAGCAAUGCCCCUCUGCCAUGUACAUUGGUCAAACUGGACAGUCUCUACGUAAAAGAAUAAAUGGACACAAAUCAGAUGUCAAGAAUUAUAACAUUCAUAAACCAGUCGGAGAACACUUCAAUCUCUCUGGUCACGCAAUCACAGACAUGAAGGUCGCUAUCUUAAAACAAAAAAACUUCAAAUCCAGACUCCAGCGAGAAACUGCUGAAUUGGAAUUCAUUUGCAAAUUGGAUACUAUUAAUUUAGGCUUAAAUAGAGACUGGGAGUGGCUAAGUCAUUAUGCAAGGUAGCCUGUUUCCUCUUGUUUUUUCCUACCCCCCCCCCCCCCCGAUGUUCUGGUUUAACUUGGAUUUAAACUUGGAGAGUGGUCAGUUUAGAUGAGCUAUUACCAGCAGGAGAGUGAGUUUGUGUGUGUAUGGGGGUGGGGGGGGAUGUGAGAAAACCUGGAUUUAUGCAGGAAAUAGCCCGACUUGAUUAUGUAAAGAGUUGUCACUUUGGAUGGGCUAGCACCAGCAGGAGAGUGAAUUUGUGUGGGGGGGUGGAGGGUGAGAGAACCUGGAUUUGUGCUGGAAAUGGCCCACCUGUUGAUCACUUUAGAUAAGCUAUUACCAGCAGGACAGUGGGGUGGGAGGAGGUAUUGUUUCAUAUUCUCUGUGUGUAUAUAAAGUCUGCUGCAGUUUCCACGGUAUGCAUCUGAUGAAGUGAGCUGUAGCUCACGAAAGCUCAUGCUCAAAUAAAUUGGUUAGUCUCUAAGGUGCCACAAGUACUCCUUUUCUUUUUGCGAAUACAGACUAACACGGCUGUUCCUCUGAAACCUGUCAUAGGAGAUAAUAGUUAGCAAAUAAUCCUAUGGGCUACAAGAUGGAGGAAAGGGAUACAACAUGUAAGCAGAGUGAUCAUAGUGGUGACAGACAAAUGUCUAAAUUAUGUGUCUUGGGGCUUUCUACAAUUAAAGACUCUAAAGUCUUCUCUUCCUCACCACAACAAUUUCCAGCUUCAGUGUUCUUAUGAUCCUUUUCCCAGUAUAUGACCCAUUUUGGCUACGUAAGUGAGCAGUUAAUUCAUAAGACAAAUGAAAUGUGUAAGUGUAUUUAAUUAGCUUCUUGAAGGUGAAAGGGAAGAAGUGGGUUUUCAGGAGAGCAAUACUAGUGGAGAGGAAGUUGGAUUUAUGUUUAAAAGGAACUAGUGAUGUUGGAUAGAGGAGGCAAUGGGGGAGGAGAAGUAAUGAAUAAAUAUCAAAUUCAUACUAGAAUCUAAAAAUACUUACGUUUAAGGUCAGUUCUUGCCAAGGGCUGUGUAGAAAAUUGAGAGCACAGAUAAGUCUUUAAAAUGGUGACUUUUUAAAAAAGUUGUUCUUUGGAACUAUCAAGUUAUGCACAUUGUUGAUUUAUGUCAUUGUAUGCUGCUGUUAACUUUGUGCACCCUUUCCUAUCUUAGUGUGUAAGAUGCAACGUGUGUGUGUGUGUGUGAGAGAGAGAUGUCUUUAAUAACAUUUUCCACUCUUCAAGGUAAGGACCUUAACUACUUUUGUGUCUUGUACAGCAUCAAGCACAAUGGGGCCCAAUCCUCAUUGGGGCCUUUGGGUGCUACUGAAAUCUACUAAAUGAAAAUGCUAGAGCUACCAUUUUAGAAUCUUUUAAAAGGCUUUUUUGCAUUAUUGGAUUUUUAUGUGCAGCUACAAAAUAGUCUGCAUGUUGUAACUUGAAAAUUAUUGGCAAUACUUUUAUAUUCUGUUCUCUCACAAAGAACUGAUACUCCUCCUCCUCCUCCUCCUCCACUUAACUCAUGAAACAUGGAAAUAACAAAAGUUUUAGAAUUUUGAAUUUAGCCACAGUAUCUGUCAUCUUUCCUGCCAGCAACAUGCUUCUCAUGAAGUUUCAUUCAUGCCACAAAGUUCUGGAUCCUUGCAUUUCCUUUUUUAAAGAUAGGAGUGAUGAGCCCAUAUAGAAGGGUUUCAUUGAUCUGAUUUGAAAGACUGAUUUGAAAAACCUGAACAAAACAUUUUUUGGAAAGUGUUUUUCCUCUACGGACGCAAAUGCUAGAUGUCAAGAAUGUAGUUAAUACAGGAAGUACUCAUGUUCUUUUGAGUAUCCUCAACCCAAACUAAUAAAGGUUGAUUCGAUUAGUCACAAAGCAGUAUCUUCAAUUUUAGUAGAUGUUUGAUCCUCUUGUUUUAUUUGCAGUUUCUUCUUCUUACUGUUUUUAAUUUUAAAAAUAUACUGGAGGUAU